CGCCUGCUCAGAUCUAACCUGUGGCAGCACCGACGCCAAGCUCAACAUGGAAGCCACAAAGGCUGCUGCCGAUUGACUCUUCCCCAUGAUCCAUGAUUUCUCUGCCGACCUGGCCAGCGCCCCUUCUCCCACCGGUCAACAUCGUCUUUCUCGGCAGGUCCCAGCAAUGGCUUAUGUUCCAAUUUCAUCUAAGAUUCUGCUUGAUGGUAUGUUAGAGAAGGUUGUCCUUCCAGCGGCCACCUACUCGGCGCGCCCAACAGAGGGCACGUGUCUGGAGGUCACCUUUACCUUUUACCCAAUCAAGAUCAAGCUCGGGAGGUCACCAGUCAAAGUUUCCCUGUCUACCUCGCAGCACCAGGAUCUAGCAGAAGCUCAGGAUUAUGUGGCUGCUGCAGCAAUUAAGUACAUGGAUGCUUACGUGGGCGUGGUUCCAAAAUAUUACCAUUAUGAUCAACUAAGGACUGUGGAAAAGGCAAAUGUACUAUUGGGUCAGCAGCUUAAGGCAAUGAAGAGGGACAAUGCAUUUCUAAAACAAAAGCUGAAAGAGAGCCUUGGCAAAAACAAGCUCCUGAGCAAAGGAUGGGAUGGAUCCUUGAGCACGGAACAGACCAUCGUCAACAACCUUAACCAUCUGGUCAGCAGCAGGCUAAGCCCAGGGUCUACUCCAGAUGACCUGGAGCUCAAUAAUGUUCUUCUCAAUGUAGAGGCCAGCUAUGAAUACCUUCAGCAGUACACUGAUGAGGCCAAGGUUAACCUUCAAGAAACUGGUGUCUAUCCUUAUGGCCAGGAGUAGUCAACAGACGACGAUGAGCACCUGGCAACCUCACUUGAUGAUGAACAGAUCUUCGGCAAUGAAGGACUGCUCUAAUGAUUUAUGUGUCAUACCUGAAGAUCACUUCUAACAGCCUUGCAAGAAUCUUCAGAUCACUACUAUCAUCAUUAGAGCCAGUUGUUGCUCCCUACUAAUAUAGUUAU